UGUGCUCCCUCAGCUGCACCUUGCUGACUGUGUGCCAGUUAAUUGAGAGUUGAAAAGCAUAAUUGCUGAUUUCUACGUGGCAAGACACAAUGAGGAGAAGAAGAUAUUUGCUUAAUCGAACUGAUGAUAUCCCUGUCAAACAAAAGUCAACCGACUGGCUGUAUGAGUCGUAUUACUGCAUGAGCCAGCAGCAUCCUUUGAUUGUUUUCUUGCUUUUGAUUGUGAUGGGAGCCUGUUUGUCACUACUGGCUGUCUUCUUUGCUUCAGGGCUGGAUAUUGAAGACCAUGUGGCUUUCCUAAUAACUGUUCCAACAGCCUUGGCUAUAUUCCUCACAAUUUUUAUUCUGGUCUGUGUGGAGUCUGUUUUCAGAAAACUACUGCAUGUGUUCUCCCUUGUUGUUUGGGCAUGUCUGGUUGCAAUGGGUUACCUCUUCAUGUGCUUUGGUGGAGUAAUUUCUCCUUGGGACCAGGUAUCCUUCUUCUUAUUCAUUAUCUUUGUGGUUUACACCAUGCUACCCUUUCGUAUGCGAGAUGCUGUUGUUGCCAGUGUGCUGACAUCAUCCUCCCAUACUAUUGUGCUCAGCGUUUGUCUAUCAACCACAUCUGUCAUAAAGGACCACUUGGUUUGGCAGUUGUCAACUGUAUCUGCUUUGAAACACUAUGUUGCCCAGUGUAUGCUUUAA